CGGAGGUAGUGGAGUUUGGCUCGAGUCUGUGAGCUAGAUCCCCGUGGCGGCGGCGUGGAGGUUUCUUACUGUGGCUGUCGUUGCCUUGUCUUACGCCCGCGGAGCUUAGAGAGGCCUUAAGCCGACCCAGCGGAAGGCCGCAGCAGGCCUAGGUAGCAUCGACGCGGCCUCGGCGCCCCUGGGGAAAGCGGGGGGGGCUGCUUUGCUGAGUCUGAGGCAGCGGCGGGAGCAGCUCAGCCUCCUGGACCGCCCUGCCUGCCUCCCCGGUGACGGAUGGAAGCUCCCUUGGAAUUUUUAUUCACCGAGUGACCUUGAGCUCAGGGCAACGCCUAGCUUGUAGUUCCUGGCCGCACUCGGCUAUUCAGCCAUUGGUCUGGUCUUUCAUGGGGUGGAUAUCCUAAGUAACAGGAGUUAAAGACGGGCCAAGGAAGAUGAAAAAGCGAAGCAUUAAGAGAAACCAUCAGAAAAGUGGAAACAUGAGGAAGAAUUGGUGGAAAUGGGAACUUUGUGAGAAUUUCAGUGUAUGGAAACACUGUCCGUGUUCCAACCAGUGUAUAUCCAAAGAACUCAGCAUAAUACCAGGACCACAAUAUUGCAUGUCAGUCAGUCAGCCAUAACACUUAAGGACUCCUAAAAUCUCAUGGACUUCUAAAGGGACACCAUGGCCUGUGCUGCUGUCAUGAUUCCUGGCUUGUUGCGAGGCUCUGUUGGAGCUGUCUGCACUCAGGCUGCUUCCUUGGGAUUGACACCCAGUGCUUUGCGCCACCUUACUCUGACCAGCAUAAUGAAAUCCAAAAGGAAAACUGAUCACUUGGAGAGAACUGCAGAUGUCAUCCGCCGGGAGUUCGUCUUUUGGCUCCAGGUCGUGUCGGCAGCUAAGGUGUGUGGGGCUGCCUAUGAGUCCCCAUCGGUGAAGAGGCUCCGCCUGCUUGUUGCAGAUAAGGAUUUUUCCUUUAAAGCUGGCCAGUGGGUUGAUUUCUUUAUCCCAGGAGUCUCUGUGGUUGGUGGUUUCUCAAUAUGCUCCAGCCCUAGACUGCUAGAACAAGAGAGAAUGAUAGAAUUGGCAGUGAAAUAUGCAAAUCACCCUCCUGCCCUCUGGAUUCACAAUCAGUGUACACUUGACUCUGAAGUGGCCGUGAGAGUGGGUGGAGAGUUCUUCUUUGACCCGCAGCCUGCAGAUGCUUCUAGAAACCUCGUGUUGAUUGCAGGAGGAGUUGGAAUUAACCCUCUGCUUUCCAUCCUACGACACUCUGCAGAUCUCCACAGAGCCCGGGCAGACAAAGGAAGUGGCUAUGAGAUAGGAACAAUAAAACUCUUCUACAGUGCAAAAACUACCAGCGAACUCCUGUUUAAGAAAAAUAUCCUCGAUUUAGUAAAUGAAUUUCCUGAGAAGAUUGCAUGCAGUUUGCAUGUUACAAAACAGACUACACAAAUCAGCGCCGAACUCAAGCCAUAUAUCACGGAAGGAAGAAUAACGGAGAAGGAGAUAAGAGAUCAUAUUUCCAAAGAGACUUUGUUCUAUAUUUGUGGCCCACCUCCGAUGACAGACUUUUUCUCCAAGCAACUGGAAAACAGCCAUGUUCCCAAAGAACACAUUUGCUUUGAGAAGUGGUGGUAGGGAGUGGGCACAGAUAGAAAAGAGAAAGCUCUGAGAUCCGCUGAGACAGUAACAGAUGUUUUUGUAUGAUUUGCGGCUUGAUGAACUUACCUCUACUCAGUCUUAUUUUUUAAGGCUGUGAACUAAGUGAGCAGCUGGAGAAGAAAAGAAAAGCCAGCUGACAGCCUUAAGUGAUCAACUUUUUGCAAAGACUUCAUUGAUUAAACUAGUUUUUACUAUAUUGACUUUCUUUUAUUAAUAACUGAUUAUCUCAUGAUGUACCUUGAAUUGGUCAAUAUGGAUUUUCUUUCCCCCUAGGGAUAAAAAGGACAUAUAUUUACAUUUAAUCAUACAAAAAUGUGGUUUUGUGUGAAAUGUAGGCCAUCUUUAAAUUAUUUGACAGCAAUCUAUAUAUCUUAUGUUCAAUAAACAUAAUUUAAACACA